CGCAUCGUACCGUUUCCCAUUCCAUUGACAAAGUCAGCAGAGUCCACUCCGCCACCUUUAAUUAGUUUUAGUAUUAUGAUCGUAAUCCGUCUUCGUUAUGGAAAUAAAGCGAUCUCGGACAAGACCGACGAAUCACGGCGAAGAGAUUCGGGCCUAGCCUGCGUUACCCACCCUCCGAUUGGUCAGUGCUCGAAGGCGCAUCGUCUGUUUCAAGAGGAUUCCGUAGUCCUACAGGAUCAAAUGAGCCUGCGAGAGCAAGGAGUUUAGAGUAGGGGAACAGUACAUAGGCAUCACGUUUGACUUUCUUCUCAAGCAGUAUAGUCAGCGCUGUAGAAGCGUUUAAACAUACAGACGUCAGUUGCACAGGUUGUCACCAUUCAUUACAUAAAUAGUUUGCCCGCUGUAUCGGCUCGAAGAUAUGGUAUUCGUGAAAAUUUAAUACGCGAAGAACGUUGAUAAUUUUAUUGUGAAGUGCCCGGUGCGCCGUUGUGUUUUUGUCCUGACUCCGUAUUUUGCGAAAAUGCAUUUCGAAAACUGUUUGAUUUUUUUGGUGUUGGUUAGUUUCGGCGGCUCGAGUCACGCGAGGAAUAAGGCGCCCUUGCUGGACGAAGACAGCGUGAAGACGAGAAAUAAAGCGGCCGAAUGCGUGUUCGGGAAACAAGUACGCGAACUAGGUUCCACGUGGAUACCAGACCUGGGUGUCCCGAUUGGCGUUCUAUAUUGUAUGAGAUGCGAGUGCGUCGCUUUUCAGAAGAAAAGACGGAUAGUGGCGCGGGUUCAAUGCCACAACAUUAAAAAGGAAUGCCCGGAACCCACUUGCGAUGAGCCCGUUGUUCUCCCAGGACAGUGCUGUAAGACGUGCCCAGGGGAUAGCCAGAAUUUCGACGUUCAGCAAGACAUCGUCCCACAGAACCUAUUCGAGGAGGAAGAGAGAAGCAAUAAACAUUACGCUGCCCUUUUAACCGGCCGAUCUUCGCUCACGCUGAAGAACGAAUUCAUGAAGCCGACGGCCACCGAUUGGAACAAGAACAACGCCGUGGCGACGGGAAGGUUCACUCUCCACAAAAAGAACCUAUAUUAUUCAUUUUACGUGUCGGAAAAAGCCGCCCGGCCUCAUUCGUUGCAGUUCGUCAAAAGUAACGGCGACAUUUUGGAAGAGUUUAAGCUUUCGUACGGGUCGAGCUUGGUGAACAGCGUAUACCAGAACGCCACGCGGAAGGUGUGCGGCGUGUGGAAGAGAUUGGCCAAGGAUUACAGGCGGUACCUCAAACAGGAAGAUUUAUACGCCGUGCUAGUGUGGGGAGUCAAAGAUCAGGCGGAGUUCACUCUGAGCGGGAGGCUCAUGAAGUACGUCGCUCUGGAAAGCGAAUGGUUCAGCUCGCUGCUGGAACCGGAACCCGACACAGACUCGCUGGCAAUGACCGGGGCGGGAGGUACCGCUAUCGUGUCGACUUCGACGUCGGUCACCCCAUCCAUACACCUGGCUAUAAUUUUCAAUGGCUUAUUCACUUCAUCUGAAACUCGAGACGUGCCGAUAAACGUGACGCUGUCGCUGGACGAAAAGAAACAAGUGAUACUGCAAGAAACGAUCCACGUCCCGAACCCCGCGAGAGACGUGAACGUAAUCGACAUCAGUUCCCCACUAACUUCAGCUCAUUUGCGUCUAUUAACCAGAGGUCGCUUGGUAUUAAGCGUUUCCUCUGUUUCCAAACCCGAUGCGCUUAAAUUGAGCGGAAACGUCAUUACUAAGACGUCGUGCGAGCUGUUCCAAACGGCCCUGGCGUCGCCCGGAUCAGCCCCCGACGGAAUCAACGGCAUGGCUUGGUUUUACCUCAACAACGACGGCUCGCUGGUCUACAACAUUCAGAUCGAUAAGCUUUCGGCCAAGGAGAACCCUCCCAUUAUACGACUAAUCGACGUUAAAACCAAAAAGAACACCGAGGACUUGACGCCGUAUUUCCAAAACGACGGAUGGGCGAACGGCACGCUGGACAAGCUCAGUCCGAAGGUGUUGGAACCGCUGUAUUCCGGCGACUUAACGAUCAACGUCGGCACCGCUAGCGAGAACACUUUAGUGAAAGGAAGACUCGUCGCCAAGCCGGUCACGGAUGCCAGGGAUUCCCCGGCCCCCGUUUUAUUAAAACGGGAAAAUUCGAGUCUGCCUGCGUCGGUUGUCGGUCUCGCAUGGAUAUCCGUGGACCUCGACUGUUACAUCCAUUACGACGUCUCCGUGAACGGCAUGAGCGGCGACCGGAAAUUGGAGCUAUGGAUGGAAUUGUAUCCGUUGAUAGCGCCCGGCGCUCCUUUUAUCAACAAGCACCUGGAGGACUUUCAGGGGAACGCGGUCGAAGGAAGUCCCGUCGAGAUUCUCACGAAAGAGGAGCUCACUCGGUUGGAGAACGGUGCCAGUUUCAUUAAGAUUAAGGACCAGGAGACCAAGGCUGUCCUGCUAAUGGCAAUAAUUACGAAGGUUUCCAUACCACCAACAUGCCGGUCUUCCUAUUCCGCGAACGACAACAACGUCCGACAAUUCGACCAUCCCGAAAUCAUCUCGACCGGGGAGUGCUUCUUUGAAGAAAAAUUCUACCAAGAAGAAACGUCCUGGGUGUCCUCUAAGAACCCGUGCCAGAUGUGCUUCUGCCAGAACGGCAUAACCAAAUGCGACUUUAUGCCCUGUCCCGACAUCGAUUGUCCGAACGGAAAGAAAAUACACGUCGAAGGGGAAUGCUGUCCGGUCUGUUCAACCAACGCGACUAUAAGCGAAAAUAACAUCCAGAAAUGCAUAUUCAACGGACGCUCGUACUCACCGGGAAGCAAAUUUCACCCGUUCUUGAUUCCUUCCGGUUUCGAUUUAUGCACGGAAUGCACCUGUGAUCUUAAUUAUCCUGAGAUCAAGUGUAUGAGGUUGAACGAACACGAAAAGAAUUGCUGCAAGAACUGCAAGAAGGGCGGUAUCAACGAUAACGAUCCUCUUUCUGAUGACUUCGUGCCAGUUGAUAUGACCAAGUUUGCCAAAAAGGAUCAAUACGUGAAGAAGGAAGAGAGUCUGGCCCACAAGAUUUUAUCCGAGGGGGGAUGCAAGAAUACGUACAAUCCCAAGAAACCGUUUGCCAAUGGAAGCGAGUACCACCCUUUCAUCGAUUCGCUGGGGGAGUACAAGUGUGUCACUUGUAAAUGUCAGAACGGAGAGCAACUCUGCAAGCGGCAGCAUUGCAGCGUGAACACGUGCAAAAAAAUGUUCGAACUGAAACGAAGAAAGGAGAAGAUAAUUUCGUCAGAUUUCUGUUGCUCCCUGAAGGAUUGCCGUAACAAGCUCAGACACAAAAGAAGGCCGCAGGUCACGAGUUAAAACCCCGGUUGGUUUUUGGAUGAAGCCAAACGGAUUUUUAAAUAUGGAACUUAGGGCUCGGUCCCAGUUACCUACGUACCAAAGAAGACUGAAACAAUUGUAAGAUGGACGGCGACGAGGUGGUAAUUUAACUUUAUGAAAGCGCGCAGGCGCAUAAAUUCAUUGUGAAUUCUUUAGGAUUAGGGGAUAGUGCAGUCAGCAAGUUCGAACGGCAGAUUAUUUAUAUUUAUUUUUGUUACUUAUUUGGUAUAAUGCAGGGAUCAACUUGUACGGCUGCAGCCGAGGUUAUUUAUUUGACAUAAUUGUAAAUUAUUCCAUAAUUGUAACGAGUUUCUAUGUGUUUUCCGGUGUCGCCAGCUUUUCGCGUUUAAAAAUAUAGUUAUCCAAACGAACAGAAAAUUGUUGAGGUUGAAGAUAAUAUUUGAUGACAAUGAAUUAACGAUUUGAUUACUUCGGAGGCACCAUUUAACACUCCAACACUGGUAGUUACUCAAUACUCAUUAGAGAUAAAGGCUGAGCGAUAUAAGGAAAGACAUCAAAUUACGGGGUGUAGCCAGUUUAAUUGGCACGUGGCAUUGGAAGGCAUUUACGUUAGAGGGGCCAAUUAACUGGGAAGCGCUCCGUUAUGUAUAAUACUUCUGUAUAAUAUUUAUACUUCCGUAACAUAGUUUUUGAUGUUUUUCCAGUAUGAAAAUAUACCAAGUUUACUUUAAUUAGGACAUAUCAAGAUUGGUGCCAUACCAUCAGUUGCAGGUACUUAAGCGCCAUGCGGUUCUUGUAAUAAAAGAAAUCUAGUCCCAGGUAGCGUAUUUUGUAUAAUGGAUUGAAUUUAGUUUUCUUGUUCCGCGUCGGGUCAUUAUGAUGAAGGUGAAGAAAAUGUGCUUGUAAGUAACGGAAGGCUUUGUGAUAGACGGUAAAUGAUUUGAUUGUAAACAAAAGUUUUUUUCCGCAAAAACCACAAUACGUAUUGGAAUCUCCGUUUGCAAUAUUUCAGUAUUUUGCUAAAUUAUUUUAUUACCAGUUAACGAGUGAAUGCGGUAUAUGUUUGGCGAUUGAGAUUGAUAAUUUUAAUUAAUGUAAAUAUAUCGAUAGUUUCGCAUUAGUAAGAGAAACGUAUAGUAAUAUGCUUGUACAUUUUUCUAUUUUGUAAGAAAGUGGAUAUUUUAAUUUAUUAGUGAAAUAAAACCAUAUAUAAACUAACUUAAUAUCAAUUAAGUUGUAAUAUAUUAGGUUUACGUAUCGGGCGCCACUUUGCAUUUGAUAAUAUUUAUUUAAUAGAAAGCAACAAUAUGUAAUUGUGAAUAUAUAUCGAGAUGUGUUAGCAAAUGCACUAUAACAGUACAGCUAUGUUUAAAUCUUGUACCUGCUUUAGGUCUAA